AUGGCCGAUAUCGACACCUCCAAGCUCACCUCAUCCGCCCAGAUAUUCUCCCAAAAUAACACCCUACCCCAGAUUCGCGCUAUUCAUAAGAGUCUCCAUGUCGCAAUCGAAGAGAAGUCGACCCGGUUACGCACACAGGUCGGGAGCUCGUAUCGCGACCUGCUAGGCACAGCAGACACCAUUGUGCACAUGCGCGAUGACAACGAUGUUGUCCAGGAGCUUCUUGGCAAGAUGGGAGGUCGUUGCGGAAGAGCCGUGAUCGGCGCCAAAGCUACGGGUUUGGCCAAUUUUGUCACGAAGGAGAACAAAUCUGCUGCGUCUAUUGCUGCGCGGAUAAAGCUCCUCGACGCUUGUGUCUUGGUUGUUGGCCGUAUACUCAAGGGCGGUGGUGGGCUGGGCGACAGUGCGAAGAGGGGAGAUAGGCUGGUACUUUCUACCAAGGUUCUUGUUCUGAGUCGGCUUUUGGUCAAAAGUCUCUCGGAUGAUGCAGCUGAUCCAAGCAGUCGUCGAGCCAUCGAAGCUGCCCGAACAUCCGUUAGCAAACUACGACGUAGAUUGCUUAGGAAUGUCGAAAAGGUCUUCGAGAGAGCAGGCGAUGAGGCAGAGAGGGAAGAUGUUCAGAAAGCUCUAUGUGCGUACAGCUUAGCUACCAGUUCUGGAGCUAGAGACGUACUACGGCAUUUUCUCCAUGUGAGAGGAGAGGCCAUAGGACUUUCUUUUGAAGUGGAGGAUAACAAUCGCAAGCGGAGUACUGAGGACGUUGUUCAAAGUCUAAAGCUGUACUCACGAACUCUCCUUGAUGUGCAAGCCUUGGUGCCAGGCAGGCUAUCAUUAGCUCUAUCUGGGUUGAAGAGCCAUCCUCUCCUGGCUGAUCCCAGUCUGAAGCAAAUUGAAGGACUAAGACUGGACAUAUACGAGCGCUGGUGCGAUGAGGAAAUACAAUACUUCACACCUUUUGUCAGACACGACGACCUUGAUGGAAGCCAAGCUCGUGAGAUGCUAGCAGCGUGGUCUGAGAAGGGAUCAGAGGUUCUACUCGGUGGUCUCAAGAAGACACUAAGUACAAUGUCAGAGUUCAAGCUGAUUAUGGAACUUCGAACAAGAGUUUUGGAACUUUGGAUCCGUGAUGGUGGAAAGGCUCGAGGCAUUGACCCAGCGGAGAUGCAGGAUUCCCUCCGUGAGGCCAUCAACUCACGCAUGCUGGAGGUCCUCGAUACCAAGGUCAGUAAGCUUCACUUGGUCGGCUCAGAAUUUUCUGCAUGUCUUGGAAGAUGGAAGGAUGGUAUCACUGAUGAGCAUGUGAGCAUCUGGAACGAUGAGGGCUACGAUACGGCUCUUGCAGGUGGUGCCGCGCCGUUUGUUCAAGAGGUCGUAUCUCGAUUCUACGGCCGAAAUGAAGCUGUGUCCAAGACGGCGCACUCUUACAAGGCUUGGUAUCAUGUCAUUGAUGAUGUCAAGGGUGUUGUCGAGCAGCUUAGGCGGCAACGUUGGGACAAUGAUUAUGAUGAGAUCGAGGACGAGGAGACUAUCGAAGCUAGACAGAAGCUUCUCAGCAAAGAUGACCCGCAGAUGUUGCAGGAGAGGCUUGACACCACCCUUGAUAAGUCGUUUAAGGAGUUGGAGGAUCAGAUCCAAAGUCUUUGGGAAGAACGAGCCGAAUCAUCGCGGAACGGCAAAGUGGCCAUGUAUUUCCUCCGUGUCAUGCGAGAUAUUCGCCACCAGCUGCCAGAGCGUCCAUCGAUCAAGGCAUUCGGCCUCAAGAUUGUUCCCUCGCUACAUGAGAAGAUUGUAGUGGCAGUCGCAAAGCCUGCCCUUGAAGAUUUCGCAACUCGGGAAAUUUCACAACGCGUUGUGGUGGGUCGACCGCUCUGGGAUGGAGAACCAGCAUUGCCAAACCAGCCUUCGCCCGAGAUUUUCCAGUUCCUUCGACUACUAUCCCUAUCUAUGUCAGAUGAAGGAGUGGAUCUCUGGACCAAGGCGGCCGUGGCAGCGUUGAAAAAACAUUUGUGUGAACAACUAUGUAAAACGUGGGAGACAGCCAUUGUGGAGAGCUCGAAUGGAGAGCUGGACGUACUAAAAGAGCAAGACACCAAGAAAGAGAAACUAGAGAAGAAAGACACGAAGGAAGAAAGCGACAACGAAGACACAGAUGAGGAGGAGGAGGAUGAAAAGAAGAGCAGUACCGAUAUUCAACCAAAGGUCGAAGAGCCCACGGAAGAGAAGAAGUUUGGUCUGAGCCCUGAACAGAAGACGGAUCUCUUCAUACAAUGGCUUUUUGACAUUGCCCUCUUGCGACGAUUCAUCGGCAAUACAGAGACAUCAGGCAGUUUGUUCCAGGCCCUAGAAGAUAAUGUCUUUCGACAUUCCAAAUUGGUCGAUGCAGCAGCGAAACAGCAAAUCGCCAAGUCAGCCAACGAUUUCUGGCAGCGUACUAGCUUGUUGUUUGGUCUGCUGGCAUAG